GAUGAUGAUGAUUCGGAUGAUGAUGAUGAUGAUGAUGAUGAUGAUGAUGAUGAUGGUGAGGAGGAGGAGGAGGAGGAAUGUGAUGAUGCCAACGAAGAUCAUGAUUACUCGAAUUCGCAUUGUAUUUCUCUGAUCCUGGCCAUACCUAAUAAACGAACAUCCUUAGUACCCGAUCGUGCUUCGGGGCUACCAGGCUAUUGUAUCCUGAAGUGCUGA